UUUAAAGGGUCAGAGCUGAACUGGAGAUGGAGACUGGACUGGACUGGAUUGGCCUAGACAUGACAGGUCACAGCCCAAAUGAAUGUGGGAGAAGAGACAGUCUUGUAUGGGCGGUUACACAAGUGUCAUACAUUUUGCAUUGUAUCUGCUGCAAUUUGAGGGGGAAUAUCUGAACCUUUCACAAUAUUGCUCUACCUGUCUUUUUAAGUGGAUAAGUGUGUCAAACAAUUACAUUUCUUGAGCAAUGUACAGUUUUCUGCUGUCUGAGGUAGCGUUGCUGCCUUUGAUUGUCUUGAUAGUCUUGGUCAAUGGGGUAGCGCUAGAAUAGCUUAGCAGGAGAUGGAAUAUUUGAGUAUAUGUGUUUGAAAAAUUGAUCUUUACGUGUAUAGCAUAUGGUGGCAAGAUGAGGGUAUUUUAAAUCAGUAUGCUUUCUUAGCUCUGGCAAAACCCAAUGAAAUUGGCCCAGGUUUACUUAAUAGGGUCAGCACAACUUCUAGAAUGAGGGAUAUUUGCAAAAAAAUCUAUGUAGCCUGUUGGUGUGACCCCCCCACCCCCCCUUACUGCUAGUUACUUAUGUUUAAUUGAAAAAUAAGCAACAUGUUUUAGAGAUUAUACUUCAGAAGACAGAUUCUGAAAAAGCCUUGCAAAGGUAAGCUCUCCAAAGUCAAGAAAUUUGAAAACACAGGUUUUGAAAAAUAAAUUUUCCCCUUCAGCAUUACUCCUUUUCCUACCCCUCCAGCUCCUUUUCCUUUUUAUGUGAAACUGUCUGCUUCCAUCUUCUCCGUCAUCUUGGGCACUGCCAUGAAGGUUGCAGGUGCUCAAGUUUUCCAGCAACUGAGUGCUUUUUUCAGAUGAGAGGACGUCCAGAGGGUAAAGUGGUGUCUAGUGCUGAGAUGCCCCAGAGACUGGCUGAUGAAUGCUGACAGGCUGCACAUAUGCAGAGGAUGAGUGUUGGAGAUGUCUUGGGCAAGAUGGGUAGAUUUCGUGGCAGUGACAAAAUGUUUGGGGCAACUUCACCAGUGCCUUGCGAAGUUCCAAAUCCUGGCUCUAAAAGAUAGAGGGAGCUAAGACUGAGUAUGUUUUCCUCAAACUCACUUCCUGAAAAAAAGAACCUCUAAAAAGAAGUCAGUCUUAGCUGAGAAGCAAGAUGAUGCUCUGAUAAAGAAAAGCUACAUCUAUGGUGGAGGGUAUUCUCUGGGGUUUUUUUUAACUUUGGCAAAAUCUGAAAAUUUCAGAGGUUGUAAGCAGCAUAUUGGAGGCAGGUAAGAGACUCAGAUUUUUUUUUUUUGCCAAUACAGAGAGCCCUUUUUUUUUUCCCCCUCCUUUUUAAUAAGAAAGGUGCCUUACAAGAUAGGAAGCAUGCAUAUGUUAAAAAAAAAACCAAACAACAAAACAAAUACAUCACCAUUUCACUGUUGCUAAAAGACUUCUCAGUUGUUUCAGAUUUUUUUUUCUCAAAAAUCUUAAUUUUUGUAGGCUAUGUACUGCUGUAGGAUAUGUUACUGCUCUUCAAAAUGGUCAGUGUUUCACUGGAAAAGUCAUAAAGAAAAGGGAUACAAUUAGAGGAUUUUCUGUCUUUUCUUUCUGAUUUGUACAUGUUUUCCAAUUUUUUCCUGUGGGGAUUUUUUUUAGUAAAGGAACAGCUCUUCAGGUUGUAGUUAACCACAAGGAUUAGGGUUUAAAGGCCAUAGUUUAAAUUCUUCCCAAAUUUUAAAAUAUCAUAUUUAGUGGAUUUCACUGUGUGUUUUUAAUCAUAAAUGAGUGAGUUGAAAAUAUUAGGAGGAAGAUGACCUGGCAGUUCUAUUGCUGAGUUUACCCUGCAAGAUACCUUGGCAGUACAGAGACUGGCUUUAAAAACUCGCAGGGGUUUAAGUUGGGAGACCUCAAAGGGCUAUCAACAUGAAAACAAAAAUAAGGAAACAUUGCGGAUUUAAUUGUCUUUUAUCUACUAUUUUUAUUUAACUCUUUUAUAAAGUAGUUAGGCUCUCCAAAAUAUACUGUUUUUAAAAUGUUUUAUUUGGAUUCAUUAGAUUUAUUGCCUGGGUUAUUCUUAGGUGUUUUUAAAAGGCUUUAAGCAUGUCUUCUGUGCAUGUGUGUUAAAAUUAAAUCGGUGUACUGUUAGUGUAUUUUUAAUGUUGUAACAGGAAAAGCAUUCUGACCUUUUUUUAAAUGAGCAAUCAUAUGUAUAAUCAACUUGGUUAAAACUUCCUUCCUGGUAAGUGCAGCACUUCCUUUGCAUCUGGAUAUGAAGGCGAGCAAGAAAAGCAGAACAACUUAAACAAAGAAUUUCUUUUUUUGUGAAUGAUCUUCCUUUAAAAAUAUAGGAAAUUCAGCUAUAAAACAAAUGAAUCUUCUUCAGCAAUUCAGCCUUUAUUUUAUAAGCAGAUUUCUUCUGGCAUGGAGUUGGGGGAUUAUGAACAGCCUGUUGUUAUGAGAGAGGAAAACAAACGAAGGAGAAGAAGAAUGAAACCUCAUUGUACAUCGAGUAGUUUGUCAUCAAUGGAACUGAUAUCCAUUGAAUUCAUUUUACCUACAAGCAACAAACAUACUAAAGUACCGGAAAUGAUGUUACUUGAAAUAGCUGGCAACUGUACAGUCGAGCAAAUGAAAGCACAGAUUUGGAUGCGUGCAAUAGAGAUGAGUCAAACCACAGACUUCUACCAUGCGUUCACCCCAGAUCAAUUUAUUCUGCAGUACCAGAAGAAAGGGCAGUGGUAUGAAAUUUAUGAUAAACAUCAAGUAUUACAGACCUUGGACUGCAUACUGUACUGGAAAGUACUACAGAAAAAGGUAGGCAAGAUCUAUGUUGUCCAGAAACAGAAACCAUCAGAAGAAGUUCAGGAAUUUCAGCGGCAACUUAACAAUUUAAUUGGUUAUGACGUCACUGAUGUAAGCAAUGUGCAUGAUGAUGAACUAGAAUUUACCCGUCGCAGAUUAGUCACUCCACGAAUGAUAGAGGUAGCCUGUAGAGAUCCUAAAUUGUAUGCAAUGCACCCAUGGACUACAUCUAAGCCACUCCCAGAAUAUUUAUUUAAAAAGAUCACUAAUAAUAACAUUUUCAUAAACAUACAUAGAGGAACAACUAGCCAAAAAAUUAAAGUGUCGAUAGAUGACACUCCAGAUACGAUUCUCCACAGCUUUUUCACAAAAAUGGCAAAGAAAAAGUCUUUGAUGGACAUUCCUGAAGAUCAUAGCGAACUGGAUUUUGUUCUCAGGAUUUGUGGCAGAGAUGAGUACAUUACUGGAGAGACACCAAUCAAAGAUUUUCACUGGAUAAGACAGUGCCUUAAGAAUGGGGAAGAAAUCCACCUCGUCUUAGACAACCCCCCUGACCCGAGUGAGGAUGAGGUUCAGAAGGAGGAGUGGCCCUUGGUGGAUGACUGUACAGGAGUUACAGGUUAUCACGAACAGUUGACUAUAGAUGGAAAAGAUCAUGAGAGAGUCUUCACUAUCUCUUUGUGGGAUUGUAAUAGGAAAUUUAGGGUGAAAAUAAUUGGCAUUGAUAUUCCAGUUUUACCGAGAAAUACUGAUCUUACUGUGUUUGUGGAGGCUAACAUUCAACAUGGGCAGCAGCUCCUUUCACAGAGGAGGACUUCAUCAAAGCCUUUUACUGAGGAGGUUCUGUGGAAUAUUUGGUUGGAGUUUGAUAUCAAAAUCAAAGAUUUGCCUAAAGGAGCACUCCUGAAUCUUCAGAUAUACUGCGGCAAAGCACAGGGACUGUCCACAAAGACCAACCUUCAGUCACAUGAGUCCCCCAACUCUGAUUCCAAAUGCAAAACUCAGCUUCUCUAUUAUGUAAAUCUUUUGUUGAUAGAUCACCGUUUCUUGCUACGCAGUGGGGAGUAUGUGCUCCACAUGUGGAAAAUUCCAGGCAAGGGAGAAGAACAAGGAAGUAUCAAUGCAGACAAACUCACAUCAGCAACUAACCCAGAUAAAGAAAACUCAAUGGCUAUCUCUAUUGUGCUGGACAAAUAUUGUCACCCAAUUGCCUUGCCCAAGCACAGGAUAACAUCAGACUCCCAGGGCGACAGGACACGAGCUGAAAUGCCCAACCAGCUUCGCAAGCAACUUGAAGAGAUCAUAGCAACUGACCCACUUAAUCCACUUUCUCCUGAGGACAAAGAACUGUUGUGGCACUUUAGAUAUGAAAGCAUAAAGCACCCCAAGGCAUAUCCUAAGCUGCUUAGCUCUGUGAAAUGGGGACAACAAGAAAUCGUGGCCAAAACAUACCAGUUGCUAGCUAAGAAGGAGGUUUGGGAUCAAAGCACUUUAGAUGUUGGACUCACAAUGCAACUUCUAGACUGUAACUUUUCGGAUGAAAACGUCCGAGCAAUGGCAGUUCAGAAACUAGAAAGUUUAGAAGAUGAUGAUGUUCUUCAUUAUCUUUUACAGCUUGUGCAGGCUGUGAAAUUUGAGCCAUAUCAUGACAGCGCAUUAGCCAGAUUUCUGCUAAAACGUGGUUUGAGAAACAAAAGAAUUGGUCACUUCUUGUUUUGGUUCUUAAGAAGUGAGAUUGCCCAGUCCAUGCAUUACCAGCAGAGGUUUGCAGUCAUCCUAGAAGCCUAUCUUAGGGGCUGUGGAAAAGCAAUGCUACACGAUUUCAUGAAGCAGGUCCAAGUAAUCGAAUUGCUGCAUAAAGUCACAAUGGAGAUAAAAUCAGUUUCUGCAGAGAAGUAUGAUGUCACUUCUCAAGUUAUUGCACAGCUGAGGCAAAAGCUUGAAAAACUACAGAGCAGCAAACUUCCAGAAAGUUUUAGAGUUCCAUAUGAUCCUGGUUUAAGAGCAGGAGCCCUAGUGAUAGAGAAAUGUAAAGUAAUGGCAUCUAAGAAGAAGCCCCUCUGGCUCGAGUUUAAAUGUGCAGAUCCAACAGCUCUAUCAAAUGAAACCAUAGGCAUAAUCUUCAAACACGGAGACGACCUACGUCAGGACAUGCUUAUUUUACAGAUUCUUCGGAUUAUGGAAUCCAUUUGGGAAGCAGAAUCCUUGGACCUCUGUUUGUUACCGUAUGGUUGUAUUUCUACAGGGAACAAAAUAGGAAUGAUUGAAAUUGUGAAAGAUGCGACAACAAUUGCCAAAAUUCAACAGAGUACAGUUGGCAACACUGGUGCAUUUAAGGAUGAAAUACUAAACCAGUGGCUCAAGGAAAGAUGCAUGAUUGAAGAGAAGUUUCAGGCAGCUGUGGAAAGAUUUGUUUAUUCUUGUGCUGGAUACUGCGUGGCAACCUUUGUACUUGGAAUAGGAGACAGGCACAAUGACAACAUUAUGAUUACAGAAACAGGUAAUCUUUUCCAUAUUGAUUUCGGUCAUAUUCUUGGGAAUUAUAAAAGCUUCCUUGGAAUUAAUAAAGAAAGAGUUCCUUUUGUGCUGACUCCAGAUUUUCUGUUUGUCAUGGGGACUUCUGGAAAGAAGACAAGUCUCCAUUUCCAUAAAUUUCAGGAUGUAUGUGUGAAGGCUUAUUUAGCUCUUCGACAUCACACAAACCUGCUGAUCAUCCUGUUUUCCAUGAUGCUAAUGACUGGUAUGCCCCAAUUAACCAGCAAAGAGGAUAUUGAAUAUAUCCGGGAUGCACUGACAGUAGGGAAAAGCGAAGAAGAUGCCAAAAAGCAUUUUCUUGAUCAGAUAGAGGUUUGCAGAGAUAAGGGCUGGACUGUGCAAUUUAACUGGUUUUUACAUCUUGUGCUUGGAAUUAAACAAGGAGUAGAAAAGCAUUCUGCUUAAUAUUUUAUGUAAAUUAACUGUGGGUGUGAAUAGGAGGUUAGUUAAUCUACAUGUUAUUUAUGAAUUUUGAAUAAAUGAGCAGUCAAAAUUGCAUUUACUUUGCUGGCAGUUUAAAUGGAUCUUCUAAAAAGGCAAGGACUUUUGCUCUGCCCCUCCAGAAGAUCUUCCUGCAGUUAAGAUUUUAUUUUUUUUUAAUGUCUAAUGACAGUUCAAGUUGCUGGAUUCUUUUAACUAGUUGCUUUGCUGAUGUUGCCUGCAUUUUUCUUGUUUUCUUUAGUAAUAAUUUCAGAUAAAUAUGAAGGAGGAGCUUGAGUAAGACGAUAACCUGCAAAUUCAAAUAGCGAAUUCCCUGAUGUUACCUCAAUUGUUCAUGAGGGUCAAGUCCUUCAAAAGAAGAAGAAUCUAUUUAAAAUCUGUGGUUGUAUUGAAAUCCCUGUAGGCAAUUCGCUUCUUUCUCGGGAUGACUUACACUCAGGUGUUGUUCACCCACAUCCUUCUCUUUUGUCCCUUCCUUAACACUUUGUCCUUUUUGGUUUUUAGUAUGUUGUCAGUAGAAAACAGCUUUGGCUCUACCACUAGAGGAAAUUACCUUACUAUUAUUGUAGUCUCCUGACAUAGACAACUGAGCUUGCCUGUCCUGCCAGGAGAACAUCGUAGUUACCUGGAAGUUCCUCAGGUUUGAACCUGAAAUUUUGAAGGUUUCAUUUUGAAAGUUUUUUACUGUACUUUUGAAUGAGGAAUGUCCAUAUUAUAUCGCAGAUUAUAUUCUUACUGUAAAGUUAUUAAAAUUCCACCUGUAUAGUAAAAGCUUUGUAAAAAGCAAUGGUACUUCCUUAUUCCUCAGAGAAAACUCCUUAUGUAAGAGUAAUUGACAUUUUACCAGAUAUUUGAGAAACCCAAAGUUAUUUAUUCUUUGGUAAUAUAUUUUCAGGAUAUACCUAGAAGAAAUUAAAUGUAAUCUUUGAAAUUGUGUAUAUUUUGCUAUUUAUUUUUAAAUUCCUGAAGAGACUAUACUACUGAAAAACUAUUUAUGAAAGAAAAAAAUCCUUAUCUUUAAUUUCAAUAUUUAAACUUAAAAGAGGAAAAAAUGGGCAGUGUUAAGUAGAAUUGUAAUUUCUCUACUGUAGGAUGCUUGCAAAUCAUCAAGUCUGCCUAUGGUAGGAAAACAAAAAAAAUAUAUAGCAUGAAUUAGUCUUCGACUUGAAUUACUAUGGUAUACUUCCUGCUAAUUGAUCUUUACCAAAGAGAGAAGAUGGCUUACACUAUUGCUUUUUUGCACUUGUGCCCAUGUAAUUUCUUCUUUCAUUGUAGUGUUACAUGGGUUUUACAUUACAUAUAAAUGAUUAACUGAAUUUUUAAAUUCUGUUAUCAUUUGCUUUGAUCAUUUCACAGAACUUAAGAUUUUAACUACUGCUACCACUGUUACUACUGAGUGUGUUCUUGAAGGAUUUUUGGUAAAUGUACUGUAAUUGGUGUCUCAGUUAUGAGAUAUAGUCAAUCUAUUCUUGAAAUGUAGAUGUUUAAUUGGUUACUGUGCACAAUUUUUUUUUUGAUGAUGUAUAUGGUAAGACUCUAGUUAAGGAAAUUUCAAAAGUUAAAAUGUAGACUAUUUUGUUGUUCUGUUACAUUAUAAUUCUGUGCAAGAUAGGCUUAAGACCAUACUAAAAUAUAAACUAAAUGGUGAAUAUUGUCUGUAAAAUGAUAUUUUUUAGAUUUGUAUUUUCUAGAUCUGAAAUAAAUUUACAUGUUCUAUUCA